GUGCAUUUCUCCUACCGCAGUUUUGUCCGUAGACCACACAUCAUUUCAGUGAGUCGACCAACACCACCACCUAAAAUCAAUCUUCAUAUGCUGUACACGUAGUUGGAAAGCACCGCCAUUCUUCUGUUUCACCUCGCUCCACCGAUCCUCCACUUCUCUCAGCAUUAUUUUCUUUGCCUCAAACCCGACAUCUGCAUGAAUUCUGCCAUCAUUUAUUCUUUUCAAGACCGCAAUCUACCGCGCCUAGUCGGCGCUCAUUUCGAAAUAUAUUGACGCUCGUUGUUGUACCCGUUCACUGUCCUUUAGAUCCCAAAUACUUCCGAAAAUCUCAGACAAGACGCCGGCCAAAAUGACGUCGAAACUUUCCGAAAUGGUUUUACCAGGCGAUGACUCGAAGAAGGAUUCAGAUUUAAAAUCGGGAGGGGAGCAGAAAAGUAAUACGCCGGAGGAUACACAGUCGAACGUUCGCUUUGCCUCCCAUGAUGAAGAGAUAGACCCUUUGGAUACAAGGAGGAAGAAUUCAGAGACAGAAGGAGCCAGAGACGAAGAACUGAGCCCUGAGGCUCAUGAGCAGAUUAGAAACUUGGCCAUAUCUUUGCAGAAAUCUCGAUUGCAGGAAAAUCGGAUGGCAAAUUUCGCAUACGAGACAGUUUCCAUGCCGCCUUCGAGGGUGCCGUCGAGAGAUAGCGAUAUUCCUGGAACGCCGAGGAGUUCAAUACGACCAGGCCAUGGAUCGAUAUCAUCGGCAUUUCAAUCACCGCCCCUGACACCUCACGGUUCGAAAGAUGGCAGAAUUGACAGUGUCGCAGGCGGCAAAGUCCAGCAGAAGCAAGACGCAAUCACGCCGCAAACAUCUCCUCCUCCCGAUACCCAAGGCAAGCCCCUCUCUCAAACCACCUCACCCGCCCAUCCGAUUUCGAGACCGGCAUCCGGUGAAAAACCUCCCCACCUCCACGAGAAGACUGUACCCAAAUUCGAGAUCGGACCAUCAGAGUCUGCCAGUCCAGUCGAUCAAAGCCCGAUCGGCACACCCAAACUGCGACCCGCAUCGCCACAGCCUGCCUCUCCCCAACCAGCCAAAGCUGAGCCGAAGCUAGAAACGCGCCAUUUCGGAAGCACUGGGAGACAUUCAUUAGCCCCCGCCAUUGCGGCGGCAGCAGAACGAAUUCCUCGGCCGGGCAGCAGUAGUGACAUUGCUGGUUCUGAGAAACGGUCUUCCAUCUUUGGGGGUAAAAAGGACCCUUAUUCACAUGUUAGUGAGAGUAGUGACAAGGGUGGCUUGGAUGGGAAGAAGCAUGGGUCGAUGUCCGAACUGAAACGUUUCUUCCGGCUAGGUGGACACGGUCACAAGCACAAGCAUCAUCAAGAUUCACCAGCAACGUCAGCUCCCGCGUCGAGGAAAUCUACCUCCACCAAAUCCGGGGGUACCGGGACCAGGACGCCUCCUCACCAACUUCCCCCGGCCGCGGUCCCUUUUGCCGACGAUCAUAGUCUUGAAGCCCGGUAUGGUAAGUUUGGUAAAGUACUGGGAUCCGGAGCUGGUGGCUCGGUCAGGCUCCUCAAACGAAGCAGUGAUGGCGUCACCUUUGCUGUCAAGCAAUUCAGAGAUAGACAUUCCUGGGAGACAGAAAAGGAUUAUUCCAAGAAAGUAACGGCGGAAUUCUGCAUUGGCUCGACACUACACCACGGCAACAUCAUCGAGACUAUGGACAUUAUCCAAGAGAACCAUCGCUGGUACGAGGUUAUGGAGUAUGCGCCAUAUGAUCUAUUCGCUAUUGUCAUGACGGGCAAAAUGUCACGAGAAGAAAUUGCUUGUGCAUUUCUCCAGAUUGUUAAUGGUGUCAGCUAUCUGCACAGCAUGGGUUUAGCCCAUCGUGACCUGAAGUUGGAUAAUGUGGUGGUGAGUGAACAUGGCAUCAUGAAGUUGAUCGACUUCGGCAGCGCCACAGUCUUUCGCUAUCCCUUUGAGAACGAAAUUGUACUGGCAUCAGGCAUCGUUGGUUCGGACCCUUACCUUGCCCCCGAGGUGUAUGAGGAGAAGAAGUAUGAUCCGACUGCUACAGAUAUCUGGUCGUUGGCCAUCAUAUUCUGUUGCAUGACGUUACGCAGGUUCCCUUGGAAGCAACCCCGAGUUGUUGAUAACUCAUACAAAUUAUUCGUCUCCCCUCCAACCCCAGGCACACCCGUCCCCGACUCGAAGCCAAGGAAGAGCAGCCAUCUCUCGCCCGAUGACGAGCACGGUUCCCGACGACCAUCGGAGGGCGGCAACAGCAGCCACACUCACCACCAUCACCACUCAGAUAACAGCGAGGCAGAGUCUAGACCCACGACCUCUGGCGGUGAGAAGCAAGAAGUGAUCAAAGGUCCAUGGAGACUACUUCGUAUUCUACCGAGGGAGAGUCGCCACAUCAUUGGCCGAAUGUUAAAGGUCAACCCUGCCGAGCGAGCUACGAUGGAUGAGGUUCUAGAGGAUGACUGGGUUUUGAGCUCGAAAGUAUGUUAUCAGGAAGAGAACGGCGUGGUUCAUCGAGCGGAUAACCAUACACAUAUUUUGGAAGCAGGCUCUGGCGGUCCGCCGCCUGCGAAGGUUUAGAAGAAUCGCGGACGAAAGAAGUCAGGAGCAUGCUGCAAGCUGCAGUGACCUUGACUGCUUUCCACAGAAACUCCCAUCCCGAAUUUGGUCCCUUACCAGGAUUUGAAGCAGUUGGACUAGGAUGUUUCACCAGGGCAUUGGAGCUGAAUUGGAUGCGUUGAUGUGUGCAUGAUUGUUAUGUGAGGUCUGCUGGAGAAAAGGGCGGAAAUCUGAUUGAGCUUUUAUUAUAUUAUUAUUAGUGUAGAUACCAGUUGAUAACGUGGAUGGGCAAUAAGCAAGCAUUGUGUUUGGAGUCGACGAUGUACUGUGCAGUAUGUUGAGUAUGAGUAGGUGCCUAGUAGGUAUGGAUAUGCCACCAUGUGUUGAGAGCCCCUCUAUCUCU